AUGGUGAUGCUCUUCAUCUAUUCGAGUAACAUUGAAAGAUUGGGCACCUUCGAGGCGGACUGCUGCCUCUUGCUCAUCAUCGAGAUUUCCAUCCAAAUGCGACCGUUGGUGUCUCUACUCGGUCUUGGAUUCGGUGGCUCAACUGAUGCUAGUAUCAUGCUACUCGCAACAUCGACUCCAACUCCUCGAGGACAGCAGACGUGUGCACGUCAUGCGAAUGGUGUCGUGGACGGAGGUACAACAAGCACCCAGCAGUACCGAGUACAGUGGUACUUUGUAUCCCAAAAGGGUGCUGCGCCUGCACCGUUGGCUAUCGCUGCGAUGGUUUUCCUCUUUAGGCGGGUAUUCGCUGCGAGGUUACGCAGUGUGUCCACGCUCGAGAAGUCUCAUUCGCUUUGAAUGAACCAACCAAUCAGUAA